CCACUACUUCCAAUAAAGAACGCCAACACAAUCACUUUAUCAACACAGAAAGCGAAGCUUCUCUUUCUUUUCCAUCAAUUCAGUUGCCACUUUUUGUCUCUUUGUCUUUCUUAUUCCUUGAAUUCCUCAAUAACAAUGAACAGAACGUAGAACGCAGACUAGGUUAUCAAGAAAGGGAAGAUGGAGUUUGAUCUUGAAGACCCACUAGUCAGCUUGGGAGAAGAACAAAACUUUACUGUAUCAGAACUCUUUGCCUCCGAAUCAGAUCACAUGCCCUCCCCAAACUACUCAAGUCUAACACAUUUUCACGUUUUCUCUUGUGAGGCCAUAUCUCUUAUUCUUCAGGUUCAGCUUUCUUACAAACUGGACCCUUUUGUAGCUUACCUUGCUAUGAAUUACAUGCACCGUUUCAUGUCAAACCAGGAAAUUCCGAAGGGGAAGCCGUGGUAUCUUAGGCUUGUUGUCGUAUCAUGUCUCUCUCUUGCUUCAAAGAUGAAAAACACAACUUUGCCAUUUUUGGAAAUGCAGAAAGAAGGUUGUAACUUUAAGGCUCAAAGUAUUCAGAAAAUGGAGCCUCUGAUUCUCGGGGCACUGAAAUGGCGUAUGAGGUCAAUUACACCUUUUUCUUUCCUGCGCUUCUUUAUCUCUUUAGCUGAAAUUGAAGACCAAUCACUGAAGCAAGCACUCAAAGAGAGAGCUUCUACUAUAAUCUUCAAUGCUCAAAAUGAAAUUAAGCUUUUAGAGUAUAAGCCUUCAACUAUUGCAGCAACUGCCCUUAUCAUUGCAUCUCAUGAACUACUCCCACAUCAAUAUUCUAUUCUGAGAGCUUCAAUUAUAUCCAGUGAGUACCUAGAUGAGGAGACAUUGUCCAAGUGCUUUGAUUUGAUGCAAGAGAUGAUAAGAACGGUAGAAAAAGAGUUAGUGACAGAAACUCCAGGGAGUGUGCUUGAGAGAAACACCAAACGACAAAGAAUUUAAUGGUGUAUAUGUUGCAGAAACAAAUUCCUGUUUUCCUCCAAACUCAAGAAGGAGGAAGCCGAGGGAGAACAAUCAUGUUUGGUCCAUAUGUCGUUCACCAUAAAGGAAUUACUGUAAUCUAUUGCAUAAAAUGAAAUUCAGAAAUUACAUUAUUAAAAUGAAAAUGGUCAAAAUUUCAAUCCCAAGGCAAUUAAAUCAUGGCUUCAAUCUCACACGAGAAAGUUCUAAAAACUGGUUCAACGUAGUUUGUUUCACUGUUUUAGGCUUGGCUGUGGCUGUAAAUGAAUACACUUGAUAUGUUCCCUAU